AUGUUUCGAGCUCCUCAGCUGGGUUCUGCUCAGGUUGCAGGUUUGAAAGCAUCAGGAACCCUUCAGGAAGAAAGCGAUCCUCACGGCAGAUGUGAAUCCACAGGAAGCACGAAAACUGGACUUGCCCUUUUGUACGACGAACACACGAGUAACACCUACGACGUUCGUUUAAAGUUAACGAAAGAGCUGUUAAUCAUACAGAAACAGGAUGUGGUUUGCGUGAGCGGUGGCGACUUAAAUCACAGAACUGUUGUACUUCGAAGACAGCUGACUGGAGGUCUCGGUCUGAGUAUCAAAGGGGGAGCAGAACAUAAAGUGCCUGUGGUCAUCUCAAAGAUUUUCAAAGAUCAAGUAGCCGAUCAGACGGGGAUGCUGUUUAUCGGCGACGCCGUGUUACAGGUCAAUGGCAUUAACGUGGAGAAGUGUACACACGAGGAAGUCGUUCAUCUUUUGCGGACGGCAGGGGAUGAAGUCACCAUCACUGUACGCUACCUCAGGGAAGCGCCGGCCUUCUUAAAACUCCCAUUAGGUUCACCCGGACCGUCCAGCGAUCAGAGCAGCAGGGCGUCCUCGCCGCUUUUCGACAGUGGUUUGCAUUUAAAUGGGAACUCGAGCAACACGGCCCCGUCGUCGCCCUCCUCACCUUCGGCUAAUGAACCGAAGUAUGAGAAGCGCUGGCUGGAUGCCGUCAGCCUCCCUCUGUUCAUGGCUCGAAUCUCUCGACGCAAAGCUGGAACUGACAAAUUAAGAUCGAACAGUUUUGAAGUCAUUGCCUUAGAUGGAGUUUGCACGCACGUUCUUCAGUUUUGCACUGCAGCUGAAAGCACAGACUGGCUUCAAGCAAUAUCAACCAAUAUCAACGAUUUGACCCAGGAGAGCAUAAAAAUGGCAAAUAAAUACUGUUCUGCUGAUGAUCAGAUCGUCCACAUGGGUUGGGUGUGUGAACACCUGCAGGGCGGCGACGUGGAGCCCCUUCACAGCUGCAGGUUCCUGGCGCUGAGAGGAUCUUCUCUCCUCGUCUUCAGGAGUCCUCCUAUCUUGGCAUCAGACUGGACUCAAGCAGAGGCUAGUUUUCACCUCUGUGAGGUUCUUUUUAAGGUUCAUAAGCUGUGGAUAGCUGAAGACUGCUGGAUACAGACCAAGUUUUAUCUGGGGCUCCAGCAGGACGGUGAGCUGCGGGACAGUGAACCCUUCUGCUUCAGUGUGCUGGUGGGUCACGGCCAGAGCUUCUGCUACAGCGUGGAGCUGGGCUCCGAGCUGGUGCUGUGGGAGAAGGCCUUCCAGAGAGCCGUCUUCAUGGAGGUGCAGAGAGUCCGGUCGAAGAGCUACAUGUGCAGCAGUCAAGGCAAGAUCCUGUGCUUCACACUCGACUUUGAGUCGGGCUUCUCCUGCUCCGACAGCAUCUCAAAGAAAACCAUCUGGAAAUACAAAUUCUCCCAGCUGAAGGGUUCAUCGGAUGACGGCAAGACACGAGUGAAGCUCCUGUUCCAGAAUUCAGAGAAUAAACAGAUCGAAAUGAAGAGGGCUACUCGAACGACACGCUUCAUGAAGCUUGGGGUCUUGAAAAUCAAGGGUUUUGGUGGAAUCAGCAGAGUUUGA